AUGUCACCUGACAGUCAGGUCUCGAUGAACGUUGUGCUGGUCGUUGGAGUCAUUUUUUCUGCUCUGUUGGGUGUUGUCCUGUAUAUGCGACGAAAAAUGAAUGAAUCUGGCAAUAUUUUGAGCGGCAGCAAUAUAGAAAAUUUGCAGGGCAAAAUCAUUGUAGUCACAGGUGGUUCAAACGGCAUAGGCAAGGCACUGGUAAGUGAGUUGGCUGGAGCAGGAGCAAAAGUUGUUAAUGGAAGCAGAAGAUUGUCCGAACUGCGUACUGGUCCUCAUCCAAACGUCUCAACCCAAAAUGAAAAAUCUGAAAGAUUAUCAGAUAACAUACAUUUGGAUUUGUCGUCGUUCAAAUCCAUUGAGACAUUUUUUAAAGAAAUCAUACAAAAGUAUGGAUACAUCGACAUAUUGAUAAACAAUGCAGCAUGUAUGGGUCCAAAGCGGACAAGCGAUGACAACAUUGAUUACUGCUUUCAAGUCAACUACCUCGGUCACUUUUUUCUAUCAAAGUUGUUUAUUAAUAAUCAUUUGAAGAACGAAAAUAGAACAAAUCAACGCUUAACGAUCAUAAAUUUAGCUUCGAACGUGUUCGAUAUGGGUUCGUUUAUAUCCGAUAACGACAUCACGUCUUUGACCAACCAGAAUGCUGCAAAUUACACGUUACUCAAUGGAUACGCAAACAGCAAGCUCUGCAUGAUUCUUUUCAGCACGGAGUUAGACAGAAGAUAUCGACAUCGCGGUAUUCAGACAAUUGCUGUUCAUCCGGGUUACGUAAAAACCGGUCUGCAGAAACAUUACCCAGGUUUGGUGGGUGUUAUAUUGAGGUGCGUUGCAUCGAAGUUAUUCAGGACGCCAGAAGAAGCGGUCAAAGGCAUUUUGUUUUGCUGUGUUCGUGAGGACAAAGCUGCUUUGUGCGGAAAGGUGUUAUUUGAUGGUCGUUUAAUGGAAAAAUGGUAUAUUGAAACUAACAAGGAAUUGAGAUCCCAAAAGAAAGCAAUAAUGUUAUGGGAACUUUCAGAAAAAAUAUUGGAAUCGUCGAAAAUUGCUUCAACUGAUAUAUAA